CUAUUUGCCACCCACUGGUGAAGAUAUAAGACAAUCGCGUGUUCAACGCUUGACUGCAAAGCUAUUCUCCCUCUCUCUCUCUCUCUCUCUCUCUCUCUGAUAUUCUUCGUUCAACUUUCAAUCGAUUAUCGUGUGUUUUCUGCUACAUCAAUCGCUUCAGGGUUUCACAAAAAAAGUGUCAUUUUGGGUAAUUGAUUGUUGAAGAACAUGUUUGCGGCUUCUUGCCUCGCAUCGUGCUGCGCGGCAUGCGCGUGCGAUGCUUGCCGGACGGUGGUCUCGGGGAUUAGCCGGCGGUCCGCUCGGAUUGCGUAUUGCGGUCUCUUUGCACUUUCUCUGAUCGUAUCGUGGAUUCUUAGGGAGGUUGCUGCACCUCUGAUGGAGAAGAUUCCCUGGAUUAAUCAUUUUAGCCAAACACCAGAUAGGGAGUGGUUUGAAACAGAUGCAGUGCUGCGGGUUAGCUUGGGGAACUUCCUAUUUUUCACUAUCCUAGCUCUUCUAAUGGUUGGUGUGAAAAGCCAGAAGGAUCCUCGUGAUGGUUUGCAUCAUGGUGGAUGGAUGAUGAAAAUUAUUUGCUGGUGCCUUUUAGUAAUAUUUAUGUUUUUCCUACCAAAUGAGAUUAUCAGCUUCUACGAGACAUCAUCAAAGUUCGGCUCAGGAAUGUUUCUUCUUGUUCAAGUUGUGCUUUUGUUGGAUUUUGUUCAUGGAUGGAAUGACAAAUGGGUUAAAUACGAUGAACAAUUCUGGUACAUUGCUCUGUUUGUUGUUUCACUUGUUUGUUAUAUAGCAACAUUUUGCUUUUCUGGAGUUCUCUUCUACUUGUUUACCCCAUCUGGGCAGGACUGUGGGCUGAACACCUUCUUCAUUGUUAUGACUCUGCUUUUGGUGGUUGUUUUUUCCAUUAUCACAUUGCACCCUGUAGUAAGUGGCAGCAUUUUGCCAGCUUCAGUUAUAUCUUUGUACUGCGUGUACCUCACCUACUCUGGACUUGCCAGUGAACCAAGGGAGUAUGAGUGCAAUGGACUUCACAAUCAUUCUAAAGCUGUUUCCACUGGCACACUCACUGUCGGACUGCUUACAACUGUUCUAUCAGUUGUCUACUCUGCUGUCCGUGCUGGUUCUUCUACUACCUUACUUUCACCACCAAGUUCACCUCGUGCUGGGAAGCCUUUACUUCCCUUGGACAAGGCAGACGAGGUGGAAGAGAAAGAAAGGGCUAAGCCCGUCUCAUAUUCAUAUGCAUUCUUCCACAUCAUCUUCUCCCUUGCUAGCAUGUACUCUGCAAUGCUUCUCACAGGGUGGUCAACCUCUGUGGGAGCGAAUGGGCGGUUGGUUGAUGUGGGGUGGCCGUCUGUCUGGGUCCGAAUCAUUACGGGAUGGGCUACCGCAGGUUUGUUCAUCUGGUCCCUCGUUGCGCCUCAUCUUUUCCCAGAUAGGGAGUUCUGAAAAAUGCUUAAGCGGCCAUUCUAGAAACUUCUAAAUAUGCCUACGGGAUUAAAGUACGCUUGUAUAUUUUGUGCUGAAAUUUCUAGACAGUUGGAUCUUGGUGUGUUAUGUAUGAUGGUUACUUCGCGUGUGUGAAAAGUUCUCAAGACCAAUUUCAUGUCAAAAUAAAAACAAGCCAGUUAGCCCACUUUGUUUUUCCUUUUACUUGUCUUUACCCUGAUAUGGUAAUGGGAUUUCUUAUGCUUCAUUGAUGCUUGGUGGAAAAUUCAAGAUUGUUGAUGUUUUUAACAGAAUAAAA